CCUCUCGGUCGGUCGAGGCUGCUGCUGCGGGCGGAGGGAGGGAGGGCGGGAAGGAGUCGGCAGCGGUGGUGGCUCCUCCUUCGCCGCCGCCGCCGCCACCCGCAGGAGCUCCAUGGCAGCUGCGGCUCCCGGCGUGGGUGCCCCCGCCCUGGUGCAUGUGCUGACGGAGCGGGAGGCGGUGGCCACCGAGGCCGGGCCUGGAGGCUCAGGACCCCCGCCGCCCUGAGGAGGAGGAGGAGCCGCGAUGGCAGCGCCGGCCGUGCAGGUAGGGGAGGGCUGCUCGCGGGGACCCCCGCAGGUGACCCUCUUUGCACCGGCUUAGCGGCCUGCACGCCGAAUAGGAAUGCUGAGAACUGAUGAUCUAAAAUGAACGUUUUAGAGAAGACUGAAGGCUGAGAUUCUCUUUUCAAGUAGAACACUCUGCAGUACUUAUAACUGGACUUGGAAGAUAUUUAACAAAACAUGAAUGAAUUUGUGCUAACAACUUCAUGCUCAAACCUGAUCAAACUGAUGCUACUACAGAUGCAGAGGAGGAGCUGGAGUUAGCUGAGGAGUACCUAUACUGGAGGAACACCAUCCACAGUGGAGGACCAUCUCAACAAUGGGCAAAGAGAGAUGGAAGCUGAAAGAAGACGUAGAAUUCAACCCUAAAUAUAUUGAGCCAUAAUACAUAUUUUGUGAUACUUUGACCUUCUUGAAAACCCAUUUUGAGGACUCUGAAUGAAUACCCCCACUACUCUCAGACUUUCUGAGAUGGCAAGUCCAGCCAUCAGCCCAGACUCUUCCUCCCAUGAUGCACUCUCUUCUGUUAACUCAAUGCCUGCGUGCUCCCCCACGUCAGAUUGUGAGAAUCUGAGCCCAGACGAGCUGGAGCUACUAGCAAAGCUGGAAGAACAAAACAGGCUUCUUGAGGCAGAUUCCAAAUCUAUGCGUUCCAUGAAUGGUUCUCGCAGGAACAGUGGGUCCUCCUUAGUCUCCAGUUCUUCUGCCUCUUCCAAUUUGAGCCAUCUUGAGGAGGAUACUUGGAUCUUGUGGGGACGAAUUGUCAAUGAAUGGGAAGAAUGGCGAAAAAAGAAGGAAAAGCUGCUGAGGGAGCUGAUAAGAAAAGGAAUCCCCCACCACUUCCGAGCCAUUGUUUGGCAACUUCUGUGCAGUGCCACAGAUAUGCCUGUAAAGAAUCAGUAUUCAGAACUACUGAAAAUGUCCUCUCCUUGUGAGAAACUGAUCAGAAGGGACAUUGCCAGGACAUACCCUGAGCAUGAGUUCUUCAAGGGCCAGGACAGCCUGGGCCAAGAAGUUCUCUUCAAUGUCAUGAAGGCAUACUCUCUAGUGGACCGUGAGGUUGGAUACUGCCAGGGCAGUGCAUUUAUCGUUGGACUGCUUUUGAUGCAGAUGCCGGAGGAAGAGGCUUUUUGUGUGUUUGUACGGCUGAUGCAGGAGUACAGAUUACGAGAGCUGUUCAAACCCACCAUGGCUGAGCUGGGUCUCUGCAUCUACCAGUUUGAGUACAUGCUUCAGGAGCAGCUGCCUGAACUGAACAUCCACUUCCGCUCCCAGAGCUUCUUGACAUCUAUGUAUGCUUCAUCUUGGUUUCUCACACUCUUCCUCACCACCUUUCCACUACCUGUGGCCACUCGAGUGUUUGAUAUCUUCAUGUAUGAGGGAUUGGAGAUCAUCUUCCGUGUCGGGAUGGCUCUUCUGCAAUUCAAUCAGGCUGAACUUGUGCAGCUGGACAUGGAGGGGAUGUCACAGUAUUUCCAGAAAGUGAUUCCUCAUCAGUUUGACAGCUGUCCUGAUAAGCUGAUCUUAAAGGCCUACCAGGUCAAGUACAACCCUAAAAAAAUGAAAAGACUAGAGAAGGAGUACACUGCAAUCAAAAACAGAGAGAUGGAAGAGCAGAUUGAAAUCAAGAGGCUUCGUACUGAGAACCGCCUUUUGAAACAACGAAUUGAAACCCUGGAAAAGGAGAGUGCUGCCUUGGCAGAUAGAUUGAUCCAGGGUCAAGUCACCCGGGCACAAGAGGCCGAAGAGAAUUAUAUCAUCAAGCGAGAGCUAGCAGUAGUGAAGCAGCAGUGCUGCUCAGCCACAGAGAACUUGCAGAAGGCUCAGAGCACCAUCCGGCAGCUGCAAGACCAGCAGGGAAAUCCCCGCUUCUCUGAGGAAUUUGUGAGUCAUCUGGAAACAGAGUUGGAGCAGUCACGCCUACGAGAGUCUGAGACACUGAGCGCCCUUAAGGAGAUGCAGGACAAAGUGCUGGACAUGGAAAAGAAGAACAGCUUGCUGCCAGAUGAAAACAACGUGGCUCGUUUACAGGAAGAACUGAAGGCUAUGAAUGUGCGGGAGUCUGAGGCUAUGAAGUCUCUCAGGGAGUUGCAGCAGCAAGUGAAGGAGCUGAAUGACAACUGGCAGGCCCACCUGAGCCGGACUGGGGGGCGAUGGAAGGACUCUCCCCGCAAGAACACUAUGAAUGACCUCCAAGAUGAGUUGAUGAGCCUCCGUCUGCGUGAAACUCAGGCCCAGGCUGAGGUCCGAGAACUGCGUCAGAGGGUGGUGGAGCUUGAAACCCAGGAUCAGAUCCAUAGCAACCAUUUAAACCGUAUGGAACAGGAAUGUACUGCGUUGCAUGAAAAGGUACAGUACCUCACUGCACAGAACAAGGGGCUGCAGACCCAGCUGAGCGAGACCAAGCGCAAGCAUUCUGAAUCUGAAUGCAAGAGUAAAGAAGAGGUGAUGGCCGUGCGCCUGCGAGAAGCUGACAGCAUGGCUGCUGUGGCAGAGAUGCGGCAGCGGAUUGCUGAGCUGGAGAUUCAGAGGGAAGAAGGGAUGAUCCAAGGUCAGCUCAACAACUCUGACUCUUCCCAGUACAUUCGAGAACUGAAGGACCAGAUUGACGAGCUCAAGGCGGAGAUCCGACUGAUGAAGGGGCCAAAGCCUUUUGAGGACUCCAUGGGCUUUGAUGGCAUCCAUAUUGUCAGCCACCUGGCAGUAGACGAUGACUCACUGCACUCUUCAGAUGAAGAGCUGCUGACCAGCCCCAUGGUGGUGGGUGCUUUGCAGGACGUCUUGUACCCACUGUCUCCCCAUAACUCACGCUUUCUACGAGGUGCUGAGAGCUCUGGCAAGGAGAGUGACGGCACCACAGACAGCGAUCCAGAUGACCCUGCCUCUGCCACGGAGCCUAAUGGUGAGAUCAUCUUUGCCGAGGCCCUGAGCAAAUGAGGAGAGACGCUGCCGUCCCAGCUCCAUCUGGAAGGUGCUUUGUCUUCUGGCCCUGAGGGAACAGGGGUUAUGGACAGAUCGCACAAGAUGCCUUCUGAAUCCCCUGCCCAGUGAGUAUCAGGCCCCCAGGAUGGCACAGGGAACAGACAGUUCUGUAGUUGGCCUGCAUUACAUGGACCAUCUCUAUUGUUCGUUGUCUGCACUGCCUUUUUUCCAGCUCUGUCAUCAUUGGCAAUUUAAAAUCUAAAUCAAUGUAUAAUACUGAUUCACUCCCCCACCACCACCUCCUGCGGUCACACCUCCUUCCCACACGCGCAAAGUGAUUGCACGUUCGAGAACUCCCUGGGGACAGUGGGAGCAAGGAGGCCAUUGGUUCCGUAUAAUGCAGUUCAGUUGUAUUUUAUCUCUGUUUGUUCUCUGCUCAGAGAGACAAGAGGGAUUGGUCUUCCCUUUAUUUAUAUGUUUCCCUCCAGUCUGCUGUUCUGCAUACAGAGAAGAGGCUUGAAUGCCUCCAUAUUUGUCCUUUACAGCCCAAGGAGAGAGGAGAGAGGGAGUGUGCAUGGAGUGUGCACUCCUGAAGAGGUGAUUUGGUUCUAGAAAGGAAGAGAGAUUAUAUUUUUGUUUCUGCGUAUGUUAUUUAUUUAUACUGUGUAAAAUUGCCAGUCUGGCUCCCCUAGAGGAGCAGGGCGUAAAGCUUUAAGUUCAGUGAUCUUGAGGGCUUUUAUGGAGCAGCCACAGAUGGAGCUGCUUCUGUAGCUAAAGAUCUUUUUCUCUUUUUUUAAAUUGUGGUAAGGGAAGUGUUACACAUGAUACUUUUCUAGGGCUCCUUUUUGCCUGGAGCUGUAAUUCUGUUUGAAGAGGAAAUUUUCGCUGCUGUCUUACUGCUGAUGGUAAGUGGCAGUUCCUCCAAAAUUCCUUUCUUGGAAUGCUAUGGGAUGGUCCAUUCUUUUCUGCAACCCCACCUUUAUGAUGCUAUGUUUGGAAACCAGGUCCUGCAAAAUUCCUGUUCUUCUCCAGGCAAGAUGAAGUCAGCGUACUCCGUAAUACAUUUUUUUGGGACAAGAAAGGUAUGAUGAAUUCCUUCUUGAAUGUUGAAAUGCCUAAGCGGAUAACUGGAAGAAUACUUUCCCAUUAGUGAACAGAACUAGCAAAUGAAGAGAUGGGAAUAACAGAUGCCCAGGCAUCUGAUCCUGCCUGGCUAGAAAAUAGAAAUAUCCAGAUUUUCAGGGUGGAACUACACGUUAUGAAUCCAGUAUAGGGAAUCUGACUCUUGGUAAUAUGGAAAAGAAGGAUACGUGCAGGAGAAAAUCACUGAGAAAGGAGUGCUUGAACCCUUCCUGAGCCCACAGCAAAUGCUGCCCUCACUCCAUGCACAGUAACUAUCAGCUCCACAUUUAGGAAACAUAGCUUUGCUGGAAUGACAUAUAGGUUCUGCCCCCCCUCCUUCCCCCCUCCAAUUGCAGGAGCAGCUCUCAUUUUCUUCUGUGGACAGGAGGAAAACUUUAGCUUCUCAACAAGAUUAUCUUCUGUUCUUCUUUGGGCAGUAAGAACAUCAGCAUACCCCAACUGAAACAAUCUCUAGUCUACACCUGGCUAUGAUCUCACUGAAAAAAAUAUUUUUAAUGCUCCUUGCAGCGAUCCUCAUCUCACCUGGAAAUAAUAUGCAUUGGGAACGUGAUAUGAAGUUGCUUUGUAUCGGCCAGAGAUAUUCUGCAACUGAUGUUCAUAACCUUUCCUCUCAUUUUCAUGGCACAGAGCCCAAACCUGCUGGCUGUACUCUGAUCGAUCCCCCUUAAAAAUGGAGUCACAUUUUGAGAUCAGUAAAACCAACCUUCUGUAACAUUUUCCUUAAGAACUGGUGCUAUUUCCAGACUCCACAGGAAGGCCAGUGUUCCAGCCCCUUCUGAAAAAGAAACAAGAGCUGGGCAGCUCUAUGCAAAAUGCAGGAUCUUUGUUGGUGUUACCGUCUGAUUUGAGAGAUCUGAAGGACCUGCUGCGAGGUGUCUGUAGGAGUUCCUUAAUUCAAACUCUUUAAGUGUGGAUUCACAGAUGUUAGGAGCAGGACAGGGUUUCACAGAAGAAAGGUGAGAGGAACUACAAACUGCAGUCAGCUGAUGAUGCAGAACCUUGAUAUCAGCUGAGGAGGUAGUCCUCUCCAGAUGUUUUUCGGUAAGAUCUUCAUCCAUUGGGAAACUUCUGUGGUCCAGCUAGGUUACAAACUGGGAAGGGGACUGUUUCUAUCUUCAGGGAAGGAAAAGCAUUUCCUGUUACGGACAUUUCCUCAUACACUCCACAUUUUUUGCCUUUUCUUAUUCCAGUCUGUUACAAAGUGAUGUAUCCACUGCUCCCAGUUUGCUGGUUGGUUUUGAUUAAUUUCUGACUGAAGACUUCAUGGUUCCACCCUUGUCAUGGCCUUUGCAUUUUAUUUGGUUUGCAGUGAAGAAGAUAUUCUUUGAUUCUCUUCCCUUCUCUCCCCGCCCCCCGCCCCCCCCGCAAGCUUUGCCUCUUGUAGCAACAGGGCAAAUUUUGUAAGGCACUUUAACCUCCUGAAAUUUGGACUCCUCUGGUGAGCUUAAGCCAGCAUUAGUAUUGCAGAAGCAGGACGAAUCCGCACUCACCACCUACAGUCCACUACAAGAGUGGUCCUAAAGUAUUAUAUGUGUAUUUAUAUAAAUAUUCCUGGACAAGGUUCCAGUUUGGUAUAAACUUGCAUAUUUUAAUAGAUGUACUCUAUAUCUACUCAUGCUGCACUGUAUUGCCAAAUUUCUGUGAUUCCCCUGCCCCCUUUCCACGUCCCCCAGAGAUCAGCAGCAUAAUACGUGGUUCAAGCAGGAGCUCAGCCAGCACUGUUGCUUUGAUCUGCUUGUGUCAGCCUGAUGCAUUUCUUUGUUACUAGUUGCAGUGUUGGAUGGCUUGUGAAACUGUUCGCCAGUCUGUGCAUAAUUCCUAGCAAUUGUUGUUUGUUUGUGAAGUGCUGCCUGAAUGCUUGCUGCCUCCAACAUUAACUGAAAGGGCGAGCUUUUAUGCCUGCCGUUUCUAAAUCUGGAGCAAACACCCCUCCCCCCCCCAACUUUAGUGUGUCAGAUUUAUACUGGAGUAAAUGGGAGCAGAAUGUGUUUGCAGGACAGUAUCAAACUGUUUUAAUGUAGGGAAGUAUAACAUAAUGUGAAAUACACCUUACUCAGCUUACUGACUCAGGCCUUACCUUGAGUUUAUUCUAGCAUAACUCCGACUCAAGUAAAACUUCUACCAAACUAUUCAACAGUAACUAUUCAAAUUAUUGCAACCCUGUUGUGUUGUCGUGCUGUUUAAGACCUUCAGACUUUUAAAAAUAAUCCUUUUUACAUUCAAACAGCAGAAAAAAAUAUUAGAUAAAUUCUGUCUCUCAACCACUUUUUUAAAAACCAGUCAUUAGCUAAAUUGGCUUCUAAAAGGGUAAGUGUGUGCUUGGAGGCACAGGCUUCAUACAUGUCCCCAAACAGAAUACAGCACAAACUGCUGCUAUGGCACAUAUGUUGGUGGAAAACAUGGGGCCAGGCAGACUAGUUGCAGAAGUGCUUUCUCGAGCAUCUUUGUGCUGUCUUCUGUUUGGGGCAAGGGCUUUCUGCCCAGCCGGAGCCCAAACUAGAAGUCCGUCCGGAUGCCAUCACAAAGCAGAUAAUUACUAGAAGUCCAUCCGGAUGCCAUCACAAAGCAGAUAAUUCACCACCCCGCCCCCUGGGUUCUCUGCCACUGUCGUGUUCUUGGGAUUACAUUAUUAGCAGA